ACAAUCAACUACCGACCAGCCAAGUCGCAAGCCAGCCAGCCAGCUCCCGGUCGUAUCCGACAAAUCAGACACAAAAAUACUAUCAACACAGAAUCCAUCCAUCAUGAAUACCAAGCCCUUAGUACUGUGCACCGUUGUGGUAGUUGCCCUUUCCCUGCUGCAAUUCGGGGAUGCCCUGCCCUCCAUCGGGCACUAUGGCAAGCGAUUUGAUGCGAUGGGCGGCAUUGAUUUCAUUCAGGUGUGUCUCAACAACUGCGUCCAGUGCAAGACCAUGCUCGGCGACUACUUCCAGGGCCAGACCUGUGCGCUCUCCUGCCUCAAGUUCAAAGGCAAAGCCAUACCCGACUGUGAGGACAUCGCCUCAAUAGCUCCGUUCCUUAAUGCCCUCGAGUAGAGCCGCCGUAGAGGCGUCUUUUGGCCCAAGGGGUGCUUUUGAGUGUGUGUGUGUGUUUUUGUAUGGCCUGUGACUCAGGUGCGGAUUUGGGUCAAUGCGAUGCUCAACAAGAGACGAUCAUGACUGCUGAUUUCGACUCGACCACAAAGAUUAUGAAACUGACUUUUGCUAAACAAUUGAACUUCCAGCACGUAACCAAA